UCGUCGCGAACCUCGUCACCCACAAAGCGCCUGCUCACCGAGCUACAAACUUACCAGUCCGAUCCGAAUGACGCGCUCGUCGAGCUCGGCCCUGUCGAUGACGACGAGUUGAUGCACUGGCGCGCGGUAAUGAAAGGCGUGCCGGGCACGGCGUACGAAGGCGGCCUCUGGGCCCUCGACAUCCGCAUCCCGCCGACCUACCCCAACGCACCUCCCACCAUCCGCUUCGUCACGCCCAUCUGCCACCCGAACGUCGACUUCAAGACCGGCGAGAUCUGCCUCGACCUGCUGAAGACGUCGUGGACCCCCGCGUACACCAUCUCCACGACCCUGACCAGUGUGCACCAGCUGCUGACCAGCGCGGAGCCCGAGUCCCCGCUUAAUGUGGAUAUUGCGCAGCUGUUGAGGCAGGAGGAUUAUGUGGGUGCGGAAGCGUUGAUAAGGUUUUAUACGGUGUCGGAGAGGUGGGUGGGAAGGAGGAGGUAG